UUGAUAAUCACGUUACUAUGAGUCUGUUAAACUGUGAAAACAGUUGCGGAUCCAGCCAGUCUGAAAGUGACUGCUGUGCCGCCAUGGCCAGCUCCUGCAGUGCCGUCCUGAAAGAUGACAGCGUGAGCGGGUCGGCCAGCACCAGCACGGGGACCCUCUCCAGCUCCUUCAUGGAAGAGAUCCAGGGGUAUGAUGUGGAGUUUGACCCGCCCCUGGAGAGCAAGUACGAGUGUCCCAUCUGCUUGAUGGCCCUGCGGGAAGCCGUGCAGACACCGUGUGGCCACAGGUUCUGCAAGGCCUGCAUCAUCAAGUCAAUCCGGGAUGCAGGUCACAAAUGUCCCGUUGACAAUGAAAUACUGCUGGAAAAUCAGCUCUUUCCUGACAAUUUUGCAAAACGCGAGAUUCUUUCUCUCACGGUGAAGUGCCCAAAUGAGGGCUGUUUGCACAAGAUGGAGCUGAGGCACCUAGAGGAUCAUCAAGCACAUUGUGAGUUUGCUCUUAUUAAUUGUCUGCAAUGCCAGCGUCCCAUUCAGAAGUGCCAGCUUAAUAUUCACAUCCUCAAGGACUGUCCAAGGAGGCAGAUUUCGUGUAUAAACUGUGCUGUGUCCAUGGCGUUUGAAGAGAAAGAGAUCCAUGACCAGAACUGCCCUUUGGCAAAUGUCAUCUGUGAGUACUGCAACACCAUGCUCAUCAGAGAACAGAUGCCAACUCACUACGAUCUAGACUGUCCUACAGCCCCGAUCCCGUGCACCUUCAGUACUUUUGGUUGCCAUGAAAAGAUGCAGAGGAAUCACUUGGCCCGACACCUACAGGAGAAUACCCAGUCGCACAUGAGAAUGCUGGCCCAGGCCGUUCAUAGUUUAAACGUUGCCUUAACUCCCGUGCCUCCACGUGAUGUGCUGCCAUAUGAUCCUGGCUCUCUGUCCCGGGUGUCCCCUGGGUGCCACCCAGAGGUCCAGAAUUUCCAGGAAACCAUUCAGCAGUUAGAGGGCCGCCUUGUAAGACAGGACCAUCAGAUCCGGGAGCUGAUCGCUAAGAUGGAGACCCAGAGUGUAUACGUAAGUGAGCUUAAACGAACUAUUCGAACCCUUGAGGACAAAGUCGCAGAAAUUGAAGCUCAGCAGUGCAAUGGGAUUUACAUUUGGAAGAUUGGCAACUUUGGGAUGCACUUGAAGUCUCAAGAAGAGGAGAAGCCUGUGGUCAUUCAUAGUCCUGGCUUCUACACUGGCAAGCCUGGAUAUAAGCUGUGCAUGCGGCUGCACCUCCAGUUACCCACCGCUCAGCGCUGCGCAAACUACAUAUCCCUCUUCGUCCACACCAUGCAAGGGGAGUAUGACAGCCACCUCCCUUGGCCCUUCCAGGGAACAAUCCGCCUUACAAUUCUCGACCAGUCUGAAGCACCAGUAAGGCAGAACCACGAAGAAAUAAUGGAUGCCAAACCCGAGCUGCUUGCCUUUCAGCGGCCCACGAUCCCCCGGAACCCGAAAGGUUUUGGCUAUGUAACUUUCAUGCACCUGGAAGCCCUAAGACAGAGAACCUUCGUGAAGGAUGAUACGUUACUAGUACGCUGUGAGGUUUCUACGCGCUUUGACAUGGGUGGCCUUCGAAAGGAGGGUUUUCAGGCCCGAAGUACUGAUACGGGAGUGUAACUUCCCUUCAUUUGUUUACAAAGAAAAACUAUGGAAAAGUGCCUUUCAUUGCCUUGUGUUUCAGAGAAAUAUGCAAGCAAACAGAAACAGCGGGGAACAGGCAAUGCCAGACAUGUUCUUUCUGAGAUCACUUGCUACGCCUUCCUGUUAUAAUACCUAAGGCUGUUUUUCUUUGAAUCUACAUUAUUUCAUGCCUUUUCAGAAAUGUUACAUUUGAAGUGCCUUUGGCAGCAGCCUCUGCUUUGUGAGCUAGCACACCUCUCUGGUGAACUUUCCUGGUCAUUUGCCACAGUAUUUUACUGUCAGAAAAAGCAAAAACCAGACCAGGUAUGAUAACGCAUGCCUAUAAUUCUAGGGCUGGGAGGCUGAC